AGCAAGUAACGGUCAACGAAGUGGGCCUUUUGGGUUCAAUCAUUCUCAACUAACGAAGAUGGGACAAAGCAAGAACAACAUGAGUCAGAAGCGGCCCGCCAUAUGUAACGCCGGCAUUGCUAAAAACGAGGUGGUCAUUGUCGUGAAAGGGGAAGAAAAGGCCAAGAUGGCAGAGGAAGAAGAGUUCGACCCGUGGAAUGUCCCUGAGCUGAAGGACGACACCGUCCCCUGGUCUGACCUGACGGGCUGUGGAAAGGUGGAGCACGUGGUUCUGUGGUUCCUGAAGCCGGUCCUUCUCCUUGGGCUGCUCUACAUGUUCAUCUGUUCACUGGACUUCCUCAGCAGCGCCUUCAGACUCUUGGGUGGAAAGGCAGCUGGCCAGGUGUUUUCCCAGAACGAGUUGCUGAGGAACCCUGUUUGCGGUCUGAUGAUCGGAGUUCUGGCAACUGUACUGGUACAGAGCUCCUCAACCUCAACCUCCAUCGUGGUGUCCAUGGUCGGCGCCGGAAUACUGGACGUGGAACAGAGUGUGUACAUCAUCAUGGGGUCCAACAUCGGAACUUCGGUCACCAACACCAUCGUGUCCCUGGGCCACUCUGGCGACAGGAACGAGUUCCGCAGGGCGUUUGCUGGGGCCACGAUCCUUGAUAUGUUCAACUGGCUCUGUGUGAUCGUUCUCCUGCCAUUGGAGAUGGCGUCUAAGUAUCUCCUUCGCCUGUCGUCUGCCAUCAUCAACACCUUCUCUCUAAGCGAGGUCGGCGAGAUCAAGCUGCUGAAGGUCAUCACCGAGCCCUUCACCAAGCUGAUCGUGGAGAUUGAUAAGGAUGUCAUCACUGAGAUCGCUAAGAACGAAGAAGGUGCGGAGGACCUGAGUCUACUGAGGCGGUACUGCAAGACUGGCCCGCUCGUGUUGGUCAACACAACACAAGAGCAGGUGGCUUUCUUCAGCAACGGUACCUACAACUACAACGGCACAGAAAACGCCACCACCAGUGAAUGGAAGCAUCAAUGUCAGUACCUGUUCGCGCAGGUGAACCUGUGGAACGACACCCUGGUGGGAGUGAUCCUGCUGGUGGCGGCGCUGCUCAUCCUGUGCGUCUGUCUCGCCUGCAUCGUCAAACUUCUCCACAGCAUCCUCAAGGGUCAGCUGGCCAGAGUCAUCAAAAAAGCAGUCAACGCAGAACUGCCCACCAAGGCGGGGAAAUGUUUGACAGGGUAUCUGGUUAUCCUGAUCGGCGCUGGGAUGACGUUCCUGGUCCAGAGUAGCUCCAUCUUCACCUCAGCCCUCACCCCUCUAGUCGCGGUCGGCGUGAUCAACCUCAAGCGGGCGUACCCUCUGACCCUCGGAGCCAACAUCGGCACCACCACCACCGCCAUCCUGGCCGCGCUGGCAUCUUCCGGAGACGGUCUGGUCAGGUCACUCCAACUGGCGCUGUGUCACUUCUUCUUCAACGUGUCCGGGAUCAUCCUGUGGUACCCGCUACCGCCUCUCAGGAACGUUCCCAUCGGUUUGGCCAAGAAGCUCGGCAACACGACGGCAAAGUACCGCUGGUUUGCCAUCGUCUAUCUCAUUCUGAUGUUCUUCCUCUUACCGGCGGCAAUUUUCGGACUGUCUGUCGCGGGGUGGGAGGCUCUUGUGGGGGUUGGUGCGCCACUGCUGUUUUUGGUUUUGAUUAUCACUGUCGUCAACAUAAUGCAAAGAAAACGUCCCAACUGGCUUCCUAAGAAACUCCGGACGUGGGAAUUCCUUCCCCUUGCUAUGCACUCACUUGAACCUUAUGAUCGGCUUCUGACUGGCUGCUGCAAGAAGAAUGAAGCACAAAAACAGACCAAUGAGGAAAAAAUGGAAAUCGACAAUCCAGGCUUCGUUUGGGAAAUAGAACUUGAAAUAACGAAAUUGUAAAUUUUAUGUAAAUAGUAAAAUAUUAGGAAAAAAACUGGUAAAUGCACUUACCAUGUUAUGUAAAUAUAUAUGGCAUGUAACUUGUAUAUAUCAUAUUUGUCUCAGAACUGUAUAAUAAUAAAUUAAACAUU